AUGUUGGUGCACCCACCUCAACCUCGCCACCCUUUCGCCGGUGCCUCGAGUUCGGCUGCGCCUCCCAGUCGACAUGUACCUUCGCUGACCAGCUCCUCUUCAGUUGGAGCUGCUGUCGCUGCUUCAGGUCGUACGCGCCCACCUCUUUCCGCCUCGGCUCAGAUGCGGGCAUCCACUUCGACUGGGCUACAGACGACCCGUUCGGGAGCGGCAGAACUUCCAGCAACCACAGUAUCCACGACUGCACCACCGACGACGACAACAACGGCGACGACGACACAAAAGGCCACGACGGGCACCAGAGCGCCGUCUGACCGAGCCAAAUUGACCGAGCAGUGGGGGCCACCGCCGGCCGUCAUUCGGCGCGAUGGAGAGCAUUUACACAGAGGGGAACUAUUGGGAGAGGUCAGUAUUGGGGUCAACUGCUCGCACUCGGGAUCAUGCUCGACGAGCUGCGAGGCGGCAUCAGCCAUGGGCCUGCGAGAUGGGAGAUGACUGACUCAACAUCCCCGCGCCUUGACUUCUUUCGCCGUCUUUGCAGGGUGGAUUCGCACGCGUAUACCUCAUCACAGAACCGGACGGAAUCACCAACAAGGCCGUCAAGGUCAUUUGUAAAGAACAGCUACGAUCGACCAAGAACAGGAGCAAGGUAUGGCCCCACUCCUCACGUGACCGUCCAUCCGGCGAGACUGACCACACCCCUCCAUCUUUGCGUUGACCAGCUCUUUGGUGAGAUCAAGAUCCACCAGGCGAUGAAACACACCAACAUCCUCUCAUUCGAGCACUGCUUCGAGGACGAAGCCAACGUCUACAUGCAACUCGAGCUAUGCUCCAACGGAUCCCUCCUCGACCUCCUGCGCAAACGAAGACGGUACACCGAACCUGAGACGCGCUUCUACCUCGUGCAACUCAUCGGCGCGUGCCACUACAUGCACUCCAACUCGGUCAUUCAUCGCGAUCUCAAGUUGGGCAACCUCAUGCUCGAUGCCGAGAUGAACCUCCGUGUUGGCGAUUUCGGGUUGGCCGCGCUGGUCAAGUUCCCCGGCGAGAGGAAAAAGUCAGUCGCAGCUCAGAAAAUUCGAUGAUUCUGUUGCUGAUCUUCUUGUGCUCGACUUGGUAUAGAACUAUCUGCGGAACACCCAACUAUAUCGCCCCCGAGAUCCUAUUUGACACGACCAACGGCCACUCGUUCGAGGUCGACAUUUGGUCACUCGGCGUCAUCAUGUACACACUACUCGUCGGAAAACCCCCUUUCCAAACCAAAGAGGUCAAGAACAUCUACCUGUAUGUUUCGGGAUGGUACUCACUUGUGCCAGUGUUCGUUGAACUGAUAUUACUUGGCCCCCACAGUCGGAUCAAGGAGUUGAACUAUGAGUUCCCCGCCGGGUGCGAACUCUCAGCCGAGGCCGUUGACCUCAUCUCGCUCAUCCUCACCCCAAAACCGAACGAACGACCCACGCUCGGCCAAAUCCUCCAACACGACUUUUUCGUCACCGGCCCUUUCCCCGCCUCCGUCACCCCCGCUUCGCUCACCUUGGUCCCUGACCAUCGCAAUAUGAGCAUUCGAUCGGCGCAUCGCAACUUUAGGGCCGUCAAGGCUCGAGCAGGGUUGACCGAACAGGUCGAAGCGGAGAUGCUCGAGGCCAAUGCUGCUGACGUCGUUGCCGUUGAAAAGCCAUCACAUCGCACCGUCCUCGCGACCGUUCACGAAUCGGCCGCACCCGCACCUCCCGCCCAAGCCGCCGCACCCGUGGCGAGGAAGCGAAUGUCCGCGACCGUCACCGCCGAUGCACGUGCGAUCGAACAAGAGGUCCAACAAGUGCUGGCGCCCGAAAGUCCCAUUUCGGAUCUCUUACGUUCGGCCCGCAAGCCCCUCAUGGUCUCGCCCGAUGCCGAACCGCGCGAAUUGUUACAACGUCGUUUGGCGGCCGAAGCGAGGUCGACUUCGAACAACUCGAUUUCAACGAACGGAGCGACUACUCUAUCCGCUCGACUCGCGGCGAAUGCACCGACGAAGGAGAACCUGGCUCCGAGUCAGCCCAGUGCAGGGGAUAAGGAAAACUCACCUGCGAGGGGUGGGAAGGCGGUUGGUGGGGCGACGACCGUGAGCAAACAUCGAAGAUCGGCUUUAUCGACGACAUCGACGGUCCCUGUGCCUUCGUCGCCGAAUCGGACGUCGAGCGCAGCGGUGCCGAUUUCUCUUGUUGCACCGAAACCGGUCGUCAAAGCUGUAGACAGUGAGUCCUCCCGUCCAGCGCUACCGAAUUGACGUGAUGGGAAAGCUGAACGCGUUUCAUAUCUGCUGCGCAGCUGCCCGCCACCCUGCGCGAGAACUGUACGACACAACCUGGCGCACCCUCCAUUCCGCAUUGACGAUCGAAACUCUCGCCGACCUCGAAGCCUUGCCCCGACCGGACGACUCGACGGCCCCCAAGGUGUUUAUCACCUCUUGGGUCGACUAUACGCACAAGUACGGUACGGCUUAUUCGUUGACGGACGGGACGGCGGGCUUGUACUUCAAUGAUUCGACGACGAUGGUGUUGAGUCCGGAUAAGAAGUAGGUCAUCCCCGAGCUUACCGAGUGCGGGUGCCUGUAUUGAUCCAGAAUACGUCUCUCUCGCAUAGCCAUUUCGACUAUAUCGCCCAACGCAAAGGCAACGUCUACACACGGCGGCACUAUGCACUGACGGACCACCCCGAAGAUCUUCAGCGCAAGGCCUACCUGUUGGAGUACUUUGAAGACUACAUGGCCAAGACUUUAACACGCGACGUGGCGUGGACGUUCGUCGACGCGGCGAGGACCAAGAACAUGUGCUUCCUCGUCAAAUACUACAGGAUGAAGCACGCAAUCGUGUUCAAGUUAAGCAACGAGGUCUUGCAGGUCAGUUUUGAGCCUUGAGGACGGUUGUUGGUUGAAUUCGAUGCUGAUGACUUUUCACACUUCCCCACCCGCGCAGUUCAACUUUUACGACCAUACCAAACUCCUCAUCACGCAACACGGGUCCGUCGUCUCCUUCAUCGACGGCGAGUUUCGACUGCACACCUAUUCCCUCGGAGCCUUAUUCGACGAAGCGUCCAAACUGGGCCACUAUCGACCUUCAACUUCGACGACACCAGGAUCAGCGAUGACGACGGAAGAGGCGAGGCGGCUGAAAAAGUUGGACAAGGUGCGGUUCAUCAUCGACAAACUUGAGUAUUGUAGGGAUGUGAUUCGGACGUUGAGUUUGAGGAAGAAGACGACCACGACCAAGACCACCACGGCGGGAUAA